AUAUAUUAACCCUGUUGAAGUUCACAUAACGAGUGGUCUCCUGCUGCUCUGAGUAAACUGACUGAUUUUGGAAUAAUGCAGUCAGGCUUAGUUUUCCUGUGUCUUUCCUUCUUUGCCUGUGUUUAUACUUCAGCUCAUGAAGAUGCUGUGGACGUGGGUCCAUCAGCCGAUGCAAAAGCUUGUCCAGAGACGCUUCCUGUAGUGGACAAUGGAGAAGUUUCCCCAAUGUCUUUGAAAAGUAACUACACUGAAGGAGAUAGAUUGCUGUACGCUUGCCAACAAGGUUAUGUAUCUCUGGGAAAAAUCAUUUUCGUUUGUCAAAAGAACCAGUGGAUCAACAUUCGAGACAAUGCCAAAUGUUCACGGAAACGCUGUGAGCUCCCCGCGGACAUACCAAACGGCCGCUUUGUUAUAGUCAACGGCACUGACUUUGUGUAUGGAGCUACUGUCAAAUACAUAUGCAAAGAAGGCUACCAGAUGGUGAGUCGGAUGGACACCAGGACGUGUUUGGCUAUGGGGUGGGACAACCACUUACCUGAGUGCGCAGAGCUGUCAUGCCCCCCACCUGAAACUGAGAGCAACGUCAUUAUGGAUGCACUGCCUGGUUAUGACACCACACUGAGAUACGGACACAGGAUACAGUUCACGUGUAACAGUCCUGGACUCAAACUGGUGGGACCAAAUGAAGCAACAUGCCAAGAAAAUGGGGAGUGGAGUAAUCGUCUUCCUCAAUGUGAAGAGGUCACGUGUGAGCUUGAAGAGAUCAGCAGCGGAGUAUCUGUGGUUGGGCUUCCAGAAAAAUAUGCACUCAUCAAGUACGGGCACAAGUUACAGUUCUACUGCUCUCACCCAGAGAUGGCUCUGACAGGACGUGGUGAAGUGACUUGUUCAGCAGGAGGAACCUGGAGCAGCCCUUUUCCCAAAUGUGAAGCGGUUACCUGCAAGGAAGGACAGCUGAAUAAUGUGAGAAUUGUCAGGGGAGUUCCUGGCAGAGCUCCACCAUAUAAACCUAAACAUAUCUUAUAUUUUCAAUGUAGCCAUUCUAACAUGAUUAUGAUGGGACCUUCAUCAAUUACAUGCAGAUCAGAUGGAACAUGGAACAGCCCCUAUCCCACAUGCAUAGACGGUGCUUGUGGUCCACCACCCAACCGCAGAUUUAGCAAACUAACCACUACCCCAAAGGCCCGGUACAGGCAUGGUGAAACUGUUCAGUACACCUGCCAGAGAAACCACAUUAUGGAAGGUAACCCCUAUUCAACCUGUAAUCAGGGAACAUGGACAGGAGUACAUUUAAGGUGUUUAGAACCCUGUAUUGUGACAGAUGAAGAUAUGGAUGACAAAAAAAUAGAACCACGUGACUACAGGAAACAGACACUACUGAUACUUCAUGGCUACUAUAUGGCCUUUGUAUGUCAAUAUGGAAGACGACCAGCAACAAGCAGAACCUACUUUAUGUCGCAGUGCAAUAAUGGAGUAAUGUAUUUGCCCUUUUGCCAAUAGUGUAGCUUAGGCCACUAAUACUGAUCCUAGUUGGUGAAGUAAUGAACCUUUUAAUUCUGUGACAAUACGGCUUGUGUUCAUUCAAAUCUCAGAAACAAGCAAAUCAGACUGACUCUCUGUUAAUGAUUAUCGAUUAGAGGCAAAUUAUCAAGUUAAGGAAUGCAUUUUUACCUGUUUCCUUUAAUUUUAUAUUGAUUAUUUGUACGCAUCAUCUUGUAAACAUGCAUAGCUGUCCUGCUGUUUAACUUCUUUAUGAAUAAUUUUAAGAAAGCCAAUAAAGCAGUUUUGGAUAUUCA